AAAAGAAAAAAAAAGAACGAGAGAAAGCAAAGCUUUAUCAACGUUGCGAUACCAGAAAAACCUCGCCAAUAUCUCACCGUCGCCGGAAAAAACUACAGUCUACUCAUGAGAUUAACGUCAAACAAAAUCACAUCAUUUGUAUAUCAAUCAACAUUAUCAACCUAAUCCCCAAUAUUCCGACAAAAUUCAGGUGAAAUUUCGAGUUUAUGCAUCAAAUUUUCUUCCCAGAUCUUGUCAGCGGUUCUGAAAUAGGGGAAAAUUUGAAUUCAUCGACAUUGCACCAACUUCGUAUCCAAGAAAUUUCUUUCGGAAUUAUAUUCUUUCAAUUCUAGGUUUUUUGUUCCGCCAUUUUUCAGUGAAAAUAUAGCUUGAUUACUUCCAAAUUAGGAGGACAAGCAGUGGCGGACCUAGAAGGGGACAGGCUGCGUUUCAAGUUUCAAUUCAUUUUUUCUCGCUGAAGUCUGAACUCCUCUUUCUUCUCAUUCUCCUCUCUCUCACAUAAGAAGGCUGACUGCCUGAGCCAGACGCCGCCACGCCGGUGGCCCAAUUCGCAGUUCGGCUUCGCGCAGUUCGGCUUCGCGCAGUUCGCGACCAGUACCCACGCCGGUGGGCGGUGCCGCGGUGGCCCAAUUCGCUGAACUCAUUCCGUCAUUCGCAAAUCGCAGCUUCUUAUCUACCUACUUUUCUUGAGGUUAAUUGCGAUUUUGGAGCUUAAUUAGUUGUAUUCAAGGGUUUCUGCUUAUAUGGGUUUAGAGCCAGGGAGCAGUUCUGUUGGUGAUCGUGAGUCAGUAGAUGAUGAUGAAGAAGACUACGAGGAAGCUGGUGGAGGUAGUCGACUUUUGGGGUUUAUGUUUGGGAAUGUUGACAAUUCGGGUGAACUCGAAGUUGAUUACCUUGAUGAGGAUGCAAAAGAGCAUCUUGAUGCACUGGCUGACAAACUGGGACCAUCUCUCACUGUCAUGGAUUUUUCAGGAAGAUCCCCACACACAACAGCUGCUGCUUCUGCUUCUGCUUCUGCUUCUGCUGCUGAAGAAGAUUAUGAUGAGAAGGCUGAAAACGCAGUUGAUUAUGAAGAUAUUGAUGAGCAGUAUGAAGGUCCUGAGAUUGAGACUGCAACGGAGGAGGAUCAUCUAUUGCCGAAAAGGGAGUAUUUGUCAGCUGAUGUUUCAGCAGUAAUUUUGGAGCAAAACUCCUCAGUUUUUGAUGAUGAAAAUUAUGAUGAAGAUGUGGAUAAUGAAGAAGAAUCUGUUGCUGUUUCUCAUGAGUGUGAAGUAAAAGCUCCUGCUGUGACAGACCUAGUGUUGAAGCCACAGGAUGAUGUGAAUGUUGAGCCAGUGGACAACAAUUUGGAAUUGAUGUCUCUAUCAUCCCCAGUGAAGAAUGCUGAUGAAGAUAUAGUAGCUAACCAAGAAAACCAUUUUGAAUCACUUACAGCUCCUGAUUCAGUCCAGACUGAAAUUGAUGGUAGUCUUACCGGCUUUCAGAAGGAAGAACCUGUAGUUUUGCAUGAUACGGCUGAUGCUAAAAGUUUGACGCCACUGCCUAUUCUGUGUGUAGAAGAUGGGGUGGCUAUAUUAAGGUUUUCUGAAAUAUUUGGUGUUAACGAGCCCUUGAAAAAGCCUGGAAGAAGGGGGCACAGGUAUUCAGUUCCUAAAGAAAAGUAUAUUUCUCUUGAUGUAUCAAACAUGGUUGAGGAGGAUGAAGAGGAAUUUCUUAAAGGAUCCUGGCAAGUUUUUUCUGAUAGAAAGCUUUUACAGGCAGCACGAGAUCAUUACGAAGUAUCAAUGGAUGAUGAUUCUAAGCUGGAGUUGGUUGAAGGAAUGCAUAUCGUUGAUGAUGAGAAGAAAGACUCUUGUUUAAGUUCAGAACCUAUGAGAAAAGAUUCAACGUUUGAUUUUUCUGCUGAAUGGAAGUCAUGUAUGUCUAUGGAAUUUUACUCACUAGAUCAGCAGGACUGGGAAGAUAAAAUUAUUUGGGGCAACUCCCCUGCAGUAAGUCAGGAUUCUGUGGAGAGUUGUGAACUCUCUGGACCUGAUUCAGGUUCUCUUGCUCAUGAAGAGAAAGAAAUGAUGUCAAGGCCCCACAAGCAGUUGUCUGACUCCAAAAUCAUUCCGUGUGAGAUGGAUAAUUGGUGUCAUAAUGGUUUAUCUAACUUCUCUGUAGAACCAUUUGGUUCUAGAAGUUCUGCUACUCCUGCUUGCUCUGAGAGCAUGUGCCAUCCUCAACUUUUGAGGUUGGAAUCUAGAUUGGAAAAGGAUUUUUCGAAUCUUUCUGAUACGAGGAAGGAAAAUGAAUCAGGGGAGUAUGCACAGUUUGAUUUCAUGAAACGUUUUAAACAACUUACGUUGCAGAACAAGGAGUUAGUUGAAGGAUCUUGGGUUGAGAACAUAAUAUGGGAGUUGGAGAAGCCAAUUGUGAAACCAAAGCUAAUAUACGAUCUUCAAGAUGAGCAGAUGGUCUUUGAACUUUUAGACAACAAAGACUAUGAGCAUCUCCAGAUUCAUGCUGGGGCAAUGAUUACAACACGACUUGGAAAGAGUGGUGCUGAAGUUUUUGAAGUACCUGGUCAUGUGACGUUAUCUAGUGGACGAUUUAAUAUUGCUAAUGACAAGUAUUACUCCAAUCGAAAAACUUUACCUCAAUUAAAGUCACUUUCAAAGAAACGAACAGCUCAUAGUGUGAAAGUUUUGCAUUCUAUCCCUGCAUUGAAGCUGCAAACAAUUAAAACUAGACUGAGCAAUAAGGAUAUUGCUAACUUUCAUCGUCCAAAGGCGACAUGGUAUCCCCAUGACAGUGAGUUAGUUGUUAAAGAGCUAGAAAAGCUGCCUAUACAAGGGCCCAUGAAGAUUAUACUGAAGAGUCUGGGUGGCAAAGGGUGCAAAAUUAACGUGGAUGCAGAAGAAACUAUUUGUUCAUUAAAAGCAAAAGCUUCGAAGAAACUUGAUUUUAGACUAACCGAAGCUGUCAAGAUAUUCUAUAUGGGAAAAGAGCUUGAAGACCAGAGGACUCUUGCUGCUCAGAAUGUGCGGCCUAAUUCAUUGCUUCAUCUUGUCCGUACAAAGAUACAUUUGUUGCCAAUUUCCCAAAAGCUCCCUAAUGAGGGCAAGUCCUCGCGUCCACCUGGGGCUUUUAAGAAGAAAUCUGAUCUUUCGGUCAAAGAUGGUCAUGUUUUCUUAAUGGAGUAUUGUGAAGAAAGACCCCUAUUGAUUGGUAACAUCGGGAUGGGUGCAAGACUAUGCACUUACUAUCAGAAAUCAUCUUCAGAUGAUCAAACUGGUGAAAUGCUGCGAAGUGCAAAUAGUGGUUUGGGAACUAUUCUCUCACUUGAUCCGGCUGAUAAAUCCCCCUUUCUGGGAGAUAUAAAACCGGGUUGUAGUCAAUCAUGCUUUGAGACAAACAUGUACCGAGCACCUAUAUUUCCUCAUAAAGUUGCUUCAACAGACUACCUAUUGGUUCGAUCAGCUAAGGGGAAGUUAUCCAUAAGGCGAAUUAAUAAGAUUCAUGCUGUUGGUCAGCAGGAACCACACAUGGAAGUUAUGUCUCCUGGUGCCAAGGGUCUUCAAACUUAUACGAUAAAUAGGCUUUUGGUGUAUAUGUAUCGUGAGUUUCGUGCUGCUGAAAAACGUGGCAUGCUUCCUUGGAUUCGUGCUGAUGAGUUAUCUGCACAGUUCCCUAACAUUGCAGAACACUUUCUUCGCAAAAAGGUGAAGCAUUGUGCGGAUGUACAGAAAGGGCCAAAUGGACAGUCUUACUAUGUUAUGAGACGUAAUUUCCACAUUCCACCAGAAGAAGAGCUCCGACGGAUGGUGACAAUGGAAACAGUUUGCACUUAUGAAAGCCUGCUGGCUGGUAUUCAUCGUCUCAAAUGUCUUGGAAUAACAAGGCUGGCAUAUCUAACAGGCCCGACACAUCUAGCUGCUCUUUCUUCUGCUAUGAAUCAGCUUCCUGAUGAAGCAAUUGCCUUGGCUGCUGCGUCACACAUUGAGAGAGAAUUGCAGAUAACUCCUUGGAACUUGACUGCCAAUUUUGUUGCUUGCACCAGUCAGGAUAGAGAAAAUAUAGAGCGGUUGGAGAUUUCUGGUGUUGGUGAUCCAUCUGGUCGUGGCUUAGGCUUCAGUUAUGUCCGUAUUGCUCCAAAGCCUCCAUUGUCAAAUGCCCUGGUGAAGAAGAAGCCUGCUGUGCCUCGUGGUACUACUGUCACAGGGACAGAUGCUGAUCUUCGCAGAUUGAGCAUGGAAGCUGCAAGAGAGGUUCUUGUGAAAUUCAACAUACCUGAGGAACAGAUUGAAAAAUUGUCACGUUGGCACAGAAUUGCAUUGAUACGAAAGCUGUCAAGUGAGCAAGCUGCUUCGGGAGUCAAGGUUGAUCCAACAACUAUAAGUAAAUAUGCGCGAGGGCAGCGAAUGUCCUUUCUCCAACUUCAACAGCAGACCCGAGAAAAAUGUCAGGAAAUUUGGGAUCGGCAGAUUCAAUCUCUUUCAGCUGCUGAUGGUGAUGAAAAUGAGAGUGACUCUGAAGCAAAUAGUGAUCUGGAUUCUUUUGCUGGAGAUCUAGAAAACUUACUUGAUGCAGAAGAAGGUGAGGAAGGUGAAGAGGGUAACUUACAGAUUAAAAAUUACAAAUCUGAUGGAGUUAAAGGGCUAAAAAUGAGACGUCAUCCAGCCCAGGUUCGUUUGGAAGAAGAAGUAGAAGAUGAAGCAGCUGAAGCUGCAGAGCUAUGCAGGAUUUUCAUGGAUGAUGAUGAAGCUGAGUGGAAGAAAAAGAAGAAACCAAGGCCUAAUGGAGAGGCACUUGGAGCAAUGCGAGGCCCUCAAUUGAGUAUUGGCUAUGAAAAUGCUGAACGAGUCAAAAGGCUUAAUACUAUACUGAAGCAUACUGAUGGACCUGUUGUACCUGAUGGUUCAUUCAUGGGAAAGCAAAAUGCUGAUCUGGAGGAGGUUGAAAAGUUGCAUUCCAAGAAACCAAUGUCAACAAAAGCCAAGUCAGCAAAAAAGAUCGAAGCAUUGCCGGUGGACCUACUAAAUAAAAAAGUCAAAAUAAUGACUGAAGGGAUCAAGGUCUUUAAAGAAAAGAAAUCAGCUAGGGAGAGUUUUGUUUGUGGUGCCUGUGGACAGCUCGGCCAUAUGCGGACCAACAAGAACUGCCCCAAGUAUGGGGAGGACUCGGAUGCUCAGGUAAACAAUCUAGAUCAAGAAAAGGAGUUGGCUAAGCCUAUAACUCAGGAACUCCCUUCUCAGUCCCAGCAGAAGAUUUCAUCCAAGAAGCUCAUUACUAAAAAUGUGGCAAAAGCUGUUCAAGUCGAAGGCCUUGAAGGGGAAAAGUCUAGUUCAAAGACUAAGAUUCUGAAAGUCCGAUAUGCCUCUGCUGAUAAGGUUCCUGAUAAAGUUACUUCAGUUCCACUGCUGAGUUCGGAGCAGCCAAGCACAUCUGAAGCUGAAGCUGGAAAUAAGUCUGGUCCUAAAGUAAUUAAAAUAAUUAGCAACAAAACCAAACCUGAUGAUGUUCAGCCUGAAUCUGCAAAGUUCAAUGUUAUUAUACGACCACCAAGUGAAACAGGGAAAGAACACAAAAAAAUUACCAUUAAACAACCCAAGGAAGUCAUAAAUCUAGAUCAAUCCAGUCAAGAUGGUGCUGAAACAGAGUACAGAAAGACUAGGAAGAUGAUCGAAUUAACAGCUUUUGGAGUAAACAGACAACAAGAGAGCAAGCCUAUAAAUGAGGAGGCAUUGAGGAAAAAAAAGAAAGAAGCUAAACGAAUGUGGGAAGAGGAAGAGAAAAGGAGAAAUGCAGAGAGAAUUAAAAAAGACGAAACAAGAAGAACUUAUGAGAAAGAAUUGAGGAUGCUAGAAGAGCAAGACAGAGUUUCUGCGUUGAGAAAAUAUGAAGAAAACAUACGUAGAGAAAGGGAAGAAGAAGAAUGGCAAAAGGCCAAGAAGAAAAAGAAAAAGAAGAAAACAACUGAGUUAAAAGAUGAGUACCUGGAAAAUUUUCCUGGAAAAAAGAACAACAGACUGUUGCCGGAAAGGGAUAGAAGCACCAAGAGGAAGACUGUUGUUGAAUUGGGGAGGUACGGUGCCGAGCUUGUCCCACUGGCUAAGCGGCGUAGAGGGGGAGAGGUUGGGCUGUCUAAUAUUUUGGAGAACAUUGUUGAAACACUCAAAGAAAGAAGGGACGUGUCAUAUCUUUUCUUAAAACCCGUAUCCAAGAAGGAGGCUCCUGACUAUCUGGACAUUGUUGAGCGCCCAAUGGACCUUUCCACAAUAAGAGACAAGGUUAGACGGCUCGAGUACAAGGAAAGACAAGAAUUCCGUCACGAUGUAUGGCAAAUUGCCUAUAAUGCUCACUUGUAUAAUGACGGUAGAAAUCCAGGUAUCCCACCCCUCGCGGAUCAGCUAUUGGAGAUUUGCGAUUAUUUGUUAGAUGUAAAUGCAGACCGCAUAGAUGAGGCUGAAUCUGGUAUCAAUGAUUAGUAGUGAUUUAGUGACUAGAGGCCCCUUUAGUGUUGUAUAUGCCAGUUUCCUCCUGAUUUUACCUGCUUGGCCUCGGGUCCAAUUGUUGGUAAAUCUCUUUGGAGGGAUAAGCUCGGUGUGACCUGUACAUAGGUUAGAUGGUGAAUUCUAGUUUUAGGAGUUACAAUUUACAUGUGUCUGUCAGCUCACAUGUUGUAAAUUUUGAAAAAAGAGAAAUCUGAUAAAAACUAAAAAGCAUUGAUUUGAUUUAGUAACAGAUAUACGAAUAAUAAUGGUAUGUGCUCAAAAGUGUAAUUUCUUAUUACGGGGAAUAGGUUCCAUCUAAUUUGUUACUUCGUUGGUCCCUUAAAAGGAUUUUCUAUUUUGUUAUCUGGGCACAAGAAAAACUUAAUGCUUUCUAAUAUAUAAGAAAAACUAUAGUUGUGUGGGA